AUGUAUCUAUACAAUACUCGGCCAGAUUUGGCGUUUAGCGUCUGUAUUGCGAGUAGAUUCAUGGAGAGACCGAAGGUAUCUCACUUGGCGACAGUUAUACGAUACGUCAUAGGUACUCUUGGCUGCAGAAUUCUAUUUCCAGCAGCUGGCAAGAGCAGAAAGUGUGAAUUGCUCGGUUACACGGAUUCCAAUUGGUGCGGAGAUAAGUAUGAUCGAAAAUCAACGGCUAGUUAUGUAUUUAUGUUCGGAGGAGCUCAAAUAUCUUGGAGUUAUAAAAAGGAACAUGUGGUAGGACUCUCUUCUUGUGAUGCUGAGUAUAUUGCGGCGUCGUUGUGUGCGUGUCAUGAUGUGUGGCUUAAGAAUCUGCUGGAAGAGUUGGCAGUAAGGUGGAGGAAGUUGUCACACUCUUGA